AUGAUUGAUUUAUUUUUGGCAGGACAGGCGAAAAACAUAAAAAUGCCACCUCCACCACCUCCACCCGGACCUCCUCCGCCACCAUCUUUCGGCGCCAAAGGGCCAGCAAAAAUGGGCAAAUCGGGAGGUGGCGAUGAUCGUAACCAGCUGCUCAACUCGAUCCGCCAGGGAGCGGCCCUUAAGAAAACAGUGACCAACGAUCGCAGUGCGCCCAUCAUUGAAGGCAAGAGCAACAACAGCAAACCCAGCGGACCCAAACCAUUUUCAGUACCGGAUUCGGCCGUCGGGAACGGGACAACAACAGGGGCACCUCAAUUAGGCGGACUAUUCGCUGGUGGAAUGCCAGUUUUGAAAGCAACGGGUAGAGGUCGAUUGGGUCCGGCAAAUCAGCCUUCAAGUGGACCAGGUGGUUUGAGUAGAACUCCGUCAACAGAAACUGUCCCUACCCCGUCAUGGAAGCCUAAGACACUUAAUGGCUCCACAUCCGGCUCAUCCAUCUCGUCUGCAGUCAACCGAGGCCCUCCCCCUCAGCCUCCCCCGGCUAGUAGGAAACCGUCGCUCGUGGCAAGUGAUUCAACGGAUCAUUCGUCCGUCAGCCGGAAUCCGCCAAGCAUCCCUACCAAACCGCCAACAUUGAAUUUUGGCAAACCCAAUUUGGCACCCAAACCGCCGCCUGCGGAAUCGAAACCCACCAGUCCAGUUCCACCGGCUACCGGACGAGGUGGAGUUACUCCAUCUAAGCGGCCGUCUCCUCCGCCUAAAUCGCCCAGCAUUGCGAGUAUGAGCAUGAAUUGGCCCGUCAAUCCAGGCAGUCCACCUCCACCGCCGCCACCCAGUUCCAAACCGACGGUCGUUCGAGCGCAGAGCCUCCGUUCGGCUAAACCUGGAGUUCCAGGAAAUUCAGAUUCAGAAGAAUCCAUCAUUGAAAGCCAAGAAAGGCGGAAUCAAAGUUCGCAGGACAUUUCAUCACCUCCAGUUGCUCCCCCUCCGCCACCCAACAGAUACGCGACGUUACCACGUAAUGCAAUUCCACCGGCGGGACUUUCCGGUGCCCCUCGUGGACCAUUGCCACCCGUUCCACGCGUUCCGAUGGCUAACGGUGUUCAUUCCAGUCCGGCUAAAAUACGGCCACCUUCUGUACGACCGCCACCUCCUCCGCAGCGGAUCAAUCCACCUGCUUCUAUUCCACCACCUCCACCUUCUAGUGCUCCUCCACCGCCUCCGCCUCACCGGAUGAGUCCAGCUCCUCCACCACCUCUGUCUAAUAGCCGGUCACCGAGUAUUUAUAACAGCAACGGCGGGCCGCCGACGCCACCGACCAGGGGCUCUUCCAUGCAGCGGAGUAACGGCUCGAUGACAUCCCUCUCUUCCAUGGUCGUCCCUCCACCGCCGCCGCCAGGCCUGGCCAACCCCUUCCAGCAGUCAGCCGAAGCGAAAGAUUUCGAGUCACGCUUUGCAAGCCGCUUCCGCCCGCUGAACCAUCUGCCACAGCCGGAACCUUUUAUUGGCUUCCCAAAAAACUAUCCAACUCGUCAACUAAUCAACCAGAGUAUGAAACGCCAGCAAGCGCCGCAACCGCCCACAAUGGACCAGAAUUCCGGAUCACGGUGGCCUAGUAGCAACGCGGCUCCAUGUUGAAA